GAAGAAGCAGGAAGGCGGCAGCAGCAACAAAGCUUCAACGACUGGACACUCCUAGCUGAACUAACGGGGCACAUUUGUGCUCCUGUGUGCCUCAACCCAGCAACAUGGUGUUUGUUGAGAAGACACUGGACAAAAACCUCUGCCACAAGCUUGUGGUUCCUUCAAGUUGACAGGACACCUCCUACAUUUCCUGUGUCUGAUGGAAGCUAAGGGAUGCAGCCAGAGGUGGAGGAUGCAUCUCCCAGAGUUUAAACACAGCAGGAGAUGCUCGAAUCUGACUACAAAAGACAGUGAAAGAGGCAAGACAGAGGAAGAAAGAGACAGAGGAGGGCCACACAAAAGUGUUACUAUGGCUCCCACCUCGAGGUAUCUGACAGACAGACAGUAUGUAAUGAGAAGGCCUCUGUUCUCUGCAGAACAACAUACAUCUAUCUUAAAGAGGACACAUCCACAGAAGCACACAGAAAAGGAGAGACAUUUGGGUGUUAGCAGAAGAGAAGAAAAUCUGCAACACACUGACGUGAAUUUCUUGACCAGAGCAAGAGAGGUGCUGACCCCAGAAGGCUUCAGUCUCUCUCACAGUGACAUGUCACCUCUCUCAGCCUUAAGAAGAGACCUGGGCUCACCCUUGACUGUCUCUGAGCUCCGGGCCAAGCGGAGCCAUGAAGAGCCCACGUUUGGAUCACCUCUCCCUGGCAGCAGAUCAGCUCAGCGGUGCCUCUUGAGUUCCAUUCUUGAGGUCCAGAGACCAAACCCACCUCUUAGGCCGCAGCUGACCUCCACUGUCCUGUAUCCAACCUACAGCCCUCGUUCAGAGUACUCCAGGUCAGGCAAGACUCAGCACAGGCUGGGAGGGAAGGAGGGUAGAGGUGGGGGAGAGACCAAGCUAGGCUCUACUGAAGGACACUCAAAAGGAUAUCCAGUGUCUCCCUGUCAGGCAAACUACUGGGCCUGUGCCAUUCCUAAAGGUUUGCCUCCAUCACCAGACAGGCACUCUGCAGACUGGGACCCAAACAGGGAGUACCAGGCCCUGCUGGACUACACUUACCCUCUGAGACCAGGACAGUUGGUCUGUGAGGGGGACGGCUCCAAGCACCAGGAAGACCCUGUCCUCCAAACAGACCCCAACCUGCAGGACUCAGGGAUUGAACUGGACCACCUUUGUAGCUCCACCAGUCUGUCAGGGUUGGAUUUGUCUCUUAGUAUGGGUCAAAGAUCACCAGACUUGCAGGGGUUCACCAGAUCCUCAGAUGGUGAGCCCUCUGGUACCUUGCUCUCCCUAACAGAUCCUGUAGGUUCGUCCUUGGACAGUUUGGACUGCACUAAGAAUAGAGGUGGAUUGAAUCGUUACAAGUUUGAAGGUUGCCAUCAUGAGCACCGUGCACUGUCCUCCUCUACCUCCAUUGCUUUUACCCGCUCCACCAGUGGUUUUCCACAGUCAAGGCAUGUAGGUGGGGAGGUGGACGAGGAGUUUUGGCCUCUUCCAGAGCAGCUGGAGGAGCUGCAGCUGCUUUCCAGACAGGUGAGAGAGGUGACGGCCCAGCUGAGCCGGCCUGUCACAGCCAGCUGGGAGUCACUGGAGCCAGGCAUCACCUCCAUUCUCUCCUCUGUCACCCUACUUGAGAAACAGGAGGCUGGAGACGAGGAGGACGAGGCAAAGGUCAAAGAGCUGGAGGGCAGCAGUCAACACUCAGAUGAAGGAAAAGAUGAGAUGGAUAGAGAGGAGAGGAGUGCUGCUCAGAUGGCAGCGGCUCACAGGGCCUGUGAGGGAGUAAGAAGAAGUUCUGGUGUCUUGGUGGAGCCUGUAGGAGGGGGACUGAGUUCAUCUAGUCUCAGAGAGGUGGAGGUUUUGGUGGAGCAGCUGUCUGGCCUCACCUUGCCUGGUAGCCAGACAAGCAGCCAAGAAGAACAGGAGCAAAGUGACUCCCUGAUGCAACACAUCCAGGUCUUCUGUUCACACCUCGAGCAGCUCAUUCAGCAGCUGUAUACAGUGUCAGAGAAGAUGGAGCUGCUGGCUCCGCCCACUGUGGACAUAGACAGUGUGAGAUCGUCUCUGGCUGAGUAUCAGAGUUUUCAGAGGGAAGUGAGCAGCCAUCAGCCCCUGACCUCCUGUGUUCUGCACACCGGACGGCUUCUCCUCAGCUGCAUCAGGACCAUGUCCCCACUUUUAAGAGACACCCUGCUGCUGAUUGAGAGGCAAUCUGGAGUUCUGGAGACCCACACUGAACACUUUUUCUCCUCCAUUCUGUCGGCCAUGGACAGCCUCACCCAGCCCAGUCAGCCCAGUCCAGUCCAGCAGAGCAGAGAGGAGGACCUGGGCCCUGUGGGGGUCCAGGCAUCCACUUUGUGAGCAGACUGCAGGACACGUCUGUGUUAUGAUUUAUUUCAGUGUUAUCUUCCUUUUUCUAAUAUUUGAUGAUACAAGGCUCUCAUUUAUGUAUGUUUAUUUAAAGGGCAGGUCCAUCUGCAUACUUCUUUGUGUUUUUCAAAUGAAAGCUCCCACUCAGCUGUUAGCAAAAAGCGGUGACGUAGGUCACAGCGCUGAUGGCCUCCCCUCCCUCAGUCCUCAGACACGCUGUUCACUGACUGUUGGAGAGUGAGGAAAGUGUUAGCUUGAAAGAUUUGAGCGUAGAGGUGGAAGAUGGGUCUGUUUUACUAUUAUUAAACCUUUAUUUAACCAGAUACAUUGACAUUUAAUAUAACACUGCAUUUGUAUUAUAGAAACACAUUUAUCAAUCCUUAGCAUUACCUACAUUUACAUGAUGGUCGCCACGCUGCCAGUUUGGAGAAGCAGACAGGAGGUUAAAGGCACAAAAGCUAGGCAACUUACUGCUGUGGACACCACUUUGUUUGAUUCCAAAAGUCACACAGCAACACAAACAAAUUAACCAGAGGCAGCAGUAGACUGUAUUUUAACCACCUAAAAAAAGGACCACAUGGGACGUUGGUGGCUUAGUGGUAGAGCAGGCGGCCCAUGUAC